GGAAAAAGGAAAAGCCAGGACAAAACGACUCCCGUGAAACAAACGUCAGUGGAGGGAGUUUUCUUCCAUUUAUGAAAUUUCUCUUCUCCGAUUCCCGCUGACUCUAUAUAGCUUUUCCAAAGCUCAUAAAGGAAGAAGAAGUGGAAGAGAUUGAGGUUAUCCGCAAUUUGCUGAGAAAAAAUGGCGUUAAAGAUCGGUCCCAGGGAUGUCACUGGUUUCAAAUUUUUGUUCUCUAUCGCAGUCAUGUAUGGCUUAAUGGCGGCACUGGUCUACUGCGUGAUUCACCAUAAGUUCAUUAGGUCGCUAGGCGUCGACGCACCACUCGAUCGUUUUUCUGAGGCUAGAGCUAUUGAACAUGUCCGAUUCCUGUCCGCAGAGAUCGGUGGUCGUCAAGAGGGACGUCCGGGACUGACAGAAGCUGCUCGGUAUAUUAAAGGGCAGUUAGAAAUGUUAAAGGAGAGAGCUGGAUCCAAUAUAAGAGUUGAUGUUGAAGAGACUCUGGUUAGUGGCUCCUUCAGUAUGAUGUUUUUGGGCUACAGCAUAUCACUUGGAUACAGAAAUCAUACAAAUAUAAUUAUGAGGAUAUCAUCGUUGGAUUCACAAGAUACUGACCCCUCAGUGUUACUGAAUGCACAUUUUGACAGUCCACUUGGCUCACCUGGUGCUGGUGAUUGUGGUUCUUGUGUUGCAUCUCUGCUGGAAUUAGCAAGACUUAGUGUAGAUUCUGGCUGGGUUCCUACUCGACCUAUUAUUUUUCUUUUCAAUGGUGCAGAAGAACUUUUCUUGUUGGGUGCACAUGGCUUCAUGAAGACAAAUAGAUGGAAGGAUUCGGUUGGUGCUUUUAUAGAUGUGGAAGCAUCUGGGACAGGAGGUCUUGAUUUAGUCUGUCAAUCUGGACCUGGUUCUUGGCCUUCCCAUUUAUAUGCUCAAUCAGCUGUGUAUCCCAUGGCACAUAGUGCUGCUCAGGAUGUUUUUCCUGUUAUUCCUGGUGACACAGAUUACAGAAUAUUUUCCCAAGAUUAUGGCAGUAUUCCUGGCCUGGAUAUUAUCUUUCUUCUUGGUGGUUAUUAUUACCAUACAUCCUAUGACACAGUGGAUAGACUAUUACCUGGAAGCAUGCAAGCACGUGGAGACAAUUUAUUCAGUGUUCUCAAGGCAUUCACCAAUUCUUCUAAGCUCAAGAUUGUCCAUGAAAGAGGAUCCCUUGUGGCUAAUGCUGAUUAUAACAAAGAGGAACGAGCUGUUUUCUUUGAUUACUUAACUUGGUUCAUGGUAUUCUACUCAAAAAAGGUAGCUUUGGUACUUCAUACUACUCCUCUUGCUAUCUUCCUUGCUAUGCCAUUCUUUUUGUGUUUGCUAAAUCCUGGGUUACGGUCUUGGUAUGCAACCUUCUGGGAUUUUCUGAAAGGAGUAAUGCUUCAUGCAUCCGGGAUUAUACUUGCUAUUGUGUUUCCCGUUGCCUUUUCAGUCUUCAGAUUGCAGUUCUCCAGUUAUAGUAUGAGCUGGUUCUCAAAUCCAUACUUGGCUUUUAUGCUGUUCGUUCCCUGCUCGCUUGUUGGUUUGUUACUCCCAAGACUUGUUUUGAGUUAUUUCCCACCUUCAAAGGAUGUUAGGACAUCAAAAGAGCCACUAUCUGAAGAAGUGAGGUUUUGGGGAGCUUUUGGAUUUUAUGCUUUGUUUACUUUGGCUUAUCUUGUUGCUGGGCUGAGUGGUGGAUUCUUGACUUUCCUCUUGUCAGCUUUCAUGCUUCCUGCAUGGAUCUCCUUCCGCCUAUCUGUCAGGUCUUUUGGCCAUCAAUCACUCUGGUCAGCAAUAUUUUACGUGAUGCCUCUAGUACCGUGCCUUUUAUACGCAGUUUAUUUUGGUGGUUUUCUUAUACAAUUUUUUAUAGAGAAGAUGGGCAUGAUGGGAGCAGUUCCACCCCCAUAUGGGUAUUACCUUCCUGAUGCUGUUGUAGCAGCAAUCAUUGGACUUGUAACCGGUUGGUGUUUUGGCCCUCUAAUACCUGUCUGUGGUCAUUGGCUAGCCAGGGCAUCCAUCUUGAAAUUCUUUUUGCAUCUUUGUGUGCUUGUCUUGGCACUAUCAUUGCAGUUCUUUCCCUAUAGCAGAGAUGCACCUAAGAGAGUUGUUUUCCAACAUACCUAUGUUACUGGAGGUGCAAAUCAGAUUAUCGACUCAAGCUAUGAAUUUGCCGUGGUUGAUUCCAACUCUUUGUUGUUUCUUUCCAAGUAUGCACCUGAAAUGGCAAAGGAAUUGCACAUUAGUUCAGGAAUCUCUUUCCAAACUGCAAAUAUCUCCCAGAGGGAGAGCUGGUUGGCACUUUAUCCAGCAUCUUUUUUGAUCAGAGGUUUGAAGUUUCCUGCUAGAAGUGAUGAGAUUUCAAAGCGAUAUUCCUCUUUUCCCUUCUUAUUUAAUUACAGGCCUCAAGAAAUGUCAAGUAAUGGAAGUCGAAGAGUUUAUUUGGAACUUUCCCUAGGCUCCUUGGAGGAGAUUUGGGUUACAGUUCUUAACAUUACCGGCCCUUUAUCUGGUUGGUCAUUUGCAGAUAAUAGAAUUCCAGCUCCAGAAGCAGCUGAUGGUGGCCCACCAUCGUAUAUUUGUAGACUUAGCGGAGGCAGCAACAAGAACUGG